GGAGUCCCGAUGCACGACCGGCCCGUCGAUGCCACCAAUGUCGGUCGCCCAGGCACCAUGAUGUGAUAUCGUGGCCUGGCUGGUCCCAGCUGUGCUGCGAACAGUGCCCGUCUGCCGUCCACAAGGGCUUGCGAUCCUCCAUGAAGGCCUCUACCGCCGCAGCCAUUCAAUUCUCGAGACCGACUCGAUGCACUUGCCAACGGCAGCGCACUGGCGGCGUCUGCUUCGCCGUGCUUGCUUCGCUGCCCUGGCCCACUUGCCGAUCCCCAUAUCGGACCACCUUAUUUAUGAUCCUGCACUCCCUCUUCUCACUUUGGAUUCCCAUUGUCACUCUAUUCUGCAGCGCUGUUUCACUUCUCCUGUAUAGUGCCGUUUCCGUCCCUGUUCGUUCCGACCGUUUUGUCUGUCUUGUUCGGUGUCUCCAUUCCUUCGAUUCCAUUCCAUUGAUACUCUCCAGUCAACCUGCAAAGUCACCACACCCAUCCCUUUUUGUUUUGUUUUGUUUUGUUUUGUUUUUGUUUAUGAUCAUGUCUGUCGUUUUCAUCAGCUCUUGUACCUUUAGUCUGCGCCUAUCGUGUCAGCCUUGCGCUCAUGCGCUCCGCUAGUUUUGUCCCGGCCACAUCCCCACGCCCGCUCUCUCUUUCUCUCCCCGCUCACCUGUCUUCUAUUUACAGUUCAUCCAAAAACGAAACGGGAGACCCUGUUUUGAGCCAGGGUCGUCGCUUUUUUCUUGGUCCUGAAUACACACGCCAUCCAUUGUCCA